UCCAAUUCGCCGAACCUCGUCUCAUCUCCGACAUCCUCUUGAAGAUCGCCUGCCCGCGGUUGACGAACAAAAUGGCCGCCGCUCGCGUACCGGCGCUGCGGCAUCUCCUCAGCUGCCAGCCGCGGGUCCUGCACGCCUCGAACCAGCGGCGCUGGGCCCAGGUUCACGACGUGCGCUUCCUCGCGACAACGCAGCAACCGCGCAACGUUAUCGAAAAGUAUCGAGAGAAGCUCGACCGUAAGGCCCGCGAGGAAGGCCACCCAGAUAUCGAAUCCCUGAGGGCGGCCUACGCCGACAAGAUCAAGAACCUGCGCAAAGAGACCGACACCGUCACCGCUCCUCUACGCGGCGCAACACCCGGCGCACAAGCACCCCCACCGCCAUCAUCAUCAUCAUCAUCGCCGCCGCCGCCGCAGUCUGCGUCCUCAUCAACAGCCACCCAGCCAAGUCAAGAACAACAACAACAGCAGCAGCAGCAGCAACAGCAACAACCACGAAAAUCAUCUUCGUCGCCCACCGGGCUAAAGCCGCUCUCCGAGAUCCUCGACCUCCCCAAGGCGUCGGCGCUGCCGCAGGCGGAGCUGACGGCCAUCUGGCGGCUGCGCCACGCGGCGCGGCCCAACUCGCUCUGCGCCGUCAUCCCGGCGGCCACCUUCGCCGCCAUGGAGGCGAUGGCGCGCACGCACCCGCAGUUCGUCCUGCCCGUCCCGCACCCGGAGCAGGGCGCCGAGAUGCACUUCCUGCAGUGGACCUGGGACCCGCCCACGCGCAGCGCCACCGUCCUCUUCACCCAGCUGGCCGAGUACAAGGCCCGCGGCGAGUUCGCGGCGCCCCACACCACCGUGACGCACUACAAGGACCUCAUGGACCGCGGCGGCGGCGACGGGGACGGGGCGGCGGCCGGGCAGCCCGGCGUCGUCCUCAUGCAGGGCACCGUCCUCGAGGACAGGGGGGUCAAGGUCGCCGACGCGCAGUGGCUGGUCAUGUGCCUGCAGAGGUUCUAUGGCGGCUGGGACGGGUCCGGCGGAGAGGCGGGCAAGGAGCGGGCCGAGGAGAGGCGGCGGCUGCUGGAAUGGUUCGGCAAGGGAGACACGCGGUUCAGCGUGGAGAAGCUGAUGGAAGAGGCCGAGAGGAUGGGUUAAGGGGGCAAAAAAAAAGGAGGAGGCGCGUGAUACUUUUUUGGAAGGAGACCUUUGCAUCGCAUCUUGCGCGAAGGCUUGUAUCUUUGUAUCAUAUACAAUGUGUGAGAGUAUACGAUCA